UGCAGGAGGCCGUCAGCACUCAGGACCUGGAGUUAGUUCAACUGGUGCUGCGUUAUCGGGACUACCAGCGAGCCAUCAAGCGUUUGGCCGGGAUCCCCGUCCUGCUAGAAAAAUUACGGAAGGCUCAAGAUUUCUACGUGGAGAUGAAGUGGGAAUUCACGAGUUGGGUUCCCUUGGUCUCCAAGAUUUGCCCCAGCGACACAUACAAGGUGUGGAAGUGUGGGCAGAACCUGCGAGUGGACACCACGUUACUGGGGUUCGACCACAUGACGUGGCAGCGUGGAAAUCACAGCUUCAUCUUCCGGGGCCAAGAUACGAGUGCGGUGUUCAUGGAGGUGGAUCACAACCGGCAGGUGGUAUACUCCGAAACGCUGGCGCUGGCUACCCACGACCAGGAGACCAUCCUCGCGGCCAUGCAGCCCACCGAGGAGCAGGUGAUGGGGCGCCUGAUGGCCCCCGUGGUCGCCACGCAUCUGGACAUGCGCAAUAUUGCCUUCGAGAGGAACAAGACGGGUAUUUUAGGCUGGAGGAGCGAAAAGACCGAGGUGGUGAACGGGUACGAAGCCAAGGUUUAUGGGGCUUCCAAUGUAGAACUCAUCACCCGGACACGGACCGGACACCUUUCCGAGCAGCACAAAGGAAAAACUAAAGGUGGCAAAACCCCACUGCAGUCCUUCCUGGGCAUCGCCGAACAACACGUGGGUCCCAACAAUGGGCAAGAAAAUGAGUUGCGUUGCUCACGAAGCGUUGCUCACGAAGCAAACUGA